AUGCAGAACUGGGCCCUGUGCUGUGGACCCUACCUGCUUUCAGUACUUGUGGGCUGGAUGUGUGCUCAGGCCUCAGCAUGCCUGUCCACACUGGGGCUCUCGGUAGCCCCCAUUCCAGAGCUCCUUCAUGUCCCCAAAAGCCAUGCAGCCCAGUGUCUGGUGCACACCCACCCAACUAGCGUCUUUGUGGACAUGGUUUACGUGCCCAGCACACUGGGGUGUCUGUGGAGACGGAGACAUGGGCCCAGCCCAUGGUCCUCUUGCUUGCAGAAGGGGCAGCAGGGAUCCACCAUGCGGAGCAUGGGAGGCCUCUGGCCGCAGGUGCUGGUUCUGCUGUCCUUGCCAUGUUGGAUCCUUGGAGCGCCCUGGGCCUCCAGCUGCCCGGGAGCCUGUGGCACCAGCUUGUCAGAAGGCCUCAUCUCCGACGAGACCCAGGUGUCUUGGGACAAGGACAUCCCUGCGAUUAACCAAGGACUCAUCCCAGAGGAAAGCCCAGAGAGCAGCUUCCUCGUGGAGGGGGACAUCAUCCGGCCGAGUCCCUUCCGACUGUUGUCAGCAACCAGCAACAAGUGGCCCAAGAGCAGUGAUGGCAUCGUAGAGAUCCCCUUCCUGCUCUCUAGCAAGUACGAUGAGCCCAGCCGCAACGUCAUCCUGGAGGCAUUUGCUGAGUUUGAACGUUUCACAUGCGUCAGGUUUGUCGCCCACCAGGGCCAGAGAGACUUCAUUUCCAUCAUCCCCAUGUAUGGGUGCUUUUCUGGCGUGGGGCGCAGUGGAGGGAUGCAGAUGGUAUCCCUGGCACCCGCCUGUCUCCGGAAGGGCCGGGGCAUCGUCCUGCAUGAGCUCAUGCAUGUGCUGGGCUUCUGGCACGAGCACGCACGGGCCGACCGGGACCGCUAUAUCCGUGUCGACUGGAACGAGAUCCUCCCAGGCUUUGAAAUCAACUUCAUCAAGUCCCGGAGCAGCAACAUGCUGACGCCCUACGACUACUCCUCCGUGAUGCACUACGGGAGGCUCGCCUUCAGCCGGCGCGGGCUGCCCACCAUCGUGCCGCUCUGGGCCCCCAGCGUCCACAUCGGCCAGCGAUGGAACCUGAGUGCCUCGGACAUCACUCGGGUCCUCAGGCUCUACGGCUGCAGCCCGAGCGGCCCCGGGCCCCGUGGGACAGGGUCCCAAGCCCACAGCAACCGUAGGAGCCCUGCUCCUGCCCCGAGACCACCCCUGCAGCAGCUUCUGGAGGCACUGUCAUCGGAAUCCGGGAGUGGCCAGCGUGUUCCUGCAGGGCCUGGACAGAGCCCACAUGGGUGGGAGUCCCCUGCCCUGAAGAAGUUUAUUGUGGAGGCCUCAGCAAGGCUAUCUCAGUCCCCAGCUUCCUCCCCAAGGCCAAGGCCUGGAGCAGGCGCUCCUGGUCUUGCUCUGGGGCAGUUGUGGCUGGCCCAAGCACCCACAGAACCCCCAGCCUCAUCUUCAGAAGCGGGAGACCAACCAGUGCCUAUCCAGGCUGCUCUGGGGAGCCCAGCUCUGCCAGGAGGCUGUGCACAGGGAAGUCACUUCAGGGAGAUGCCUAGAGAUUAAGCCUGUGGCUUCUGUCCCCAAGUAGGGAAGGUAUCUUCUGCCCAGAGGACCUAGGUUUCCAACCCCUGGCUCCUCUAGGCAGCCCCUGUCUUCUAGCCCAAUCUGGCCACCCCCUCGCAGAGGGCCAGGGCUCUUCCUCUGCCCCUUUCCCACCAUGUUUCCCCAAGGGCUCCCAGGGUCUGUCAUCGGGGAAGGCAGGUUUGGCUCCGUCUGCUCUUGACUCUUGCCCUAGCCCUGGAAGAUGCUGGAAAUGGGAGGUGACAUUCUCCAGGGACAAGGUCCUGGCGGGGGGUAAGUCAGGAAAAAGCAGGUUCCAGCCCUGCAGGCCCCUGGAAGCCCUCCUGUGGCUCAUGCCCAGCCCCCAGCAUGCACUAAUGGUGGUGUCCUCACCUCCCCAUGUGGCCUAGACCUUGGGAACAGCCUCCUAUCCCUGGAGUCUGGGUGCUGGGGGUGUUGCUCUGCAGCCGUAGCCUCUAGCCUGCUCUCUAGGAGGGUUUAGGAAUCCAGCUUGCUCCCCUGUAGAACAAGAAGGUGCCGGGUUGAGGGUGCUGCCAGCAGGGAGCAGAGAAAGAAAUGGGGGCCUUAUCAGGACUGCACUGUGGGACCCUCAGCAAGCACACGAGCCCCCUGAACAGAGGACUUGAAGUGCAUCUUCACCCCAGGGCACUGUUUCCCGGAGCCUUGUCUCCCCCUCACCACCCUGGGGCUCAGCCAGAAGAGGCUGGGGAAGGGGCUGGGGGUCACCCGGCUUGUCUGCCUUCAGCCGAGCCCUGCUCCUCUUCCCUGGCCUUCCCCGUGAGGUUUGUUCCAGGAAUGAAGACAGUCUCCAGGGUGUCAGUGAGCAGGCAUGGGCUAGAAGCUCCUCAGUCCCCAAGGGGCACUGUUCUUGUGGCCUGUCAGAAGGUCAAGGAGGCCCUGCUUGGGGUCAGGAUGGGCAGGAGCCUUGGGUGU